AUGAAAAAUUUUGAAAGGACCUUGCCUCCAUAACUUAGUUAGGAAAUAUUGUACAAAGAUGAUUAAUUAGAUAUAGGAAUCAAAAAAUUGGAGAGAGCUUACUCAUUUAAUUAAGCUUUAGAAAAUUACACCAACUAUGAUUAAGGGAAUGAUAAUGUAAGAGAAAUUAAUCCAACAAUAUUUGGGAACUCGUAAGAAAUUAGUCGCAUAGAUGGCGAUCACGGAAGUUUUCAGGAUUUAUGCGAUUAGGUUACAGACCCUUUAUCAAGUAUAAAGAGAUAAACUCUAUUUGAAAAUGAAAGUGUUCCAGAAUCUAAUUUAAAAGUUUAAAGCAAAAUAAGAUCUACAGUAAGCGAUUUUCAUAUUUAUCAAACUGAUUUAUCCGAAUUAAUAAAGGGUUUCAUAGGAAAUCUCUAAUCUUUUAGUAUUUUGAUUUUUUCACAAUGCCUAUUAUCAGCUGUAUUAUUCAUUUAUAGAAAAAGUUAAAAUUAGACAUCGUUUGGAACACAGAUUCAAGUUCCUUUAGAGUCUUAGAAGCACUUCAUUAAUGAAAUAUAAUCGAACCACAAUAUUUAAAACAAAACUAAUGACACAGCUGAAUUUAAAACAUUUUUUUUGUAGAGUAAAAAUGCUGGGAUGAGUCUAAAAAGCAAAUCUAAUUGUUUUAAAGAAAUAAAUCAAGGGAUAUAAAAUUAUGUCUAUGAUAUUAAAUCGCAAACACUUAAGCUUAAACAAAAGGAACCCUCGCCAUCGAAAAUUCCAUUUAUAGAUCCAAUUAUAGAUUAAUAGAAAAAAAGAUUACUAGAAGAAUAAAAAUAAAAGGAAGGAAAAAAAAAUUAACAAUAAGAACAACAUAUAAACCAAAAGUUAAUUGAGUAACAAUUCAACUUAGACUUUACAAAAUUAUACUAGCAAGUAAAUGACGCCAUUAUUCACCAAUAUAAUAGCAAUGUGCAGUCUCCUUUUACUAUUUAGAAUUAAAAUUUUUCGACAAUUCCAAAUAUGUUUUAGAAUUUCACAAAUUAUAAUCCCUUAUCGAAUAUCCCUCAUAAUAAUCAACAACAAGCACCCAUUUCAACAAAUUUUAACACCAUGAGUAAUUCUUAUCCUGCUAUAAAAAAUUACUCUGAUUAAAAUAAAAGCAAAUAAUAUAAUACUAGAAGUGGAAGAAGCUGA